GUUAUACGGUGUUAAGAUUGUGGAAUUCGCAAGACUGAACUUGCGAACUCUGUUUUGAUCAAUCACCAGCGAAGUUGUAAAAAGAUUAGCUUUGAAUCAAAGGUAGCUUACUCUUUGCCUUAAUUAUUACGUCUCAUGAAUUCGUCGUAGCGAUCUAACGGAAGACAGCGGUUGGUUGGUGAAAAAGUGAUGUGAAAAGUUACGGAAGAAGGCUGAGAAAAUUCAUUCAUUCGUCGGUCUCGGCUUAUACGUAGUCAUUCGUUCAGUGCGAUAGUGAGAAUUGAACCUAAUUUUUCUCACAAUAUUUAUCCGAAAAGUAAACCUUACUAUCGUCGAAAUGUGGAAUUGAACAAACGGGAUUUGCAAAUUUUAUAAUUGUUUGUACGAUCUUGUGUGACGCAGUGAUGAAAUGUGGAAAUAUUUUCGAACGUUGCCGAACGUUCGCGAAGCAGUGGCCAUCUUGGCUCACCGGACAAAAAUUGGAAGCUGCGGUCGGUAAGUCAGACUCAGUACGCGUUCGUUAGUCCUCGUUAGUGGAUCGUGGGUCAGUUUUGUGUAGUUUCGCGGCAACAAAGUUUCGGAUUUUAGAUCUGUGGAGCCGGAUAAUAUUAAUAGUCCUUUUAAGUGAUGUACAGUUUUUGUUAUGAGUGUGUAUAGAUAUACGAUUUUGUCGUUGAAUACGGUGCAUUCAGAAACGUUUACACGUCGUAUACAGUGAAGAGUGUGACAAAGUAAAAUGACUCGCGAUUGGUUCGCUCUCUCAUCCAAUGUCAUGUAAAGAAUAUGGUGAGUGACUUUAUUAUUAUAAUAAUUUACUUGCUUCAAUUGUACUAUAAGCGAUAUGUGGUCUGAUAAUAGUUACAUUUCGAGGUUAUCGGAACUUUCAUUGAACGUAAAAUUGAUUCACUACCUCAACGUCACAGUUUUCGCACGCUAAAAAGUUGUUAAAAUUCAGAAAUAUUAAACGUGUUGUCAUAUACAUACUUCUUUUUCCUUCACUACUGGUAAAUUUAUCAUUACCACCUGUGGAAAAGUGAAUUGCAACGUCUGAUUUUUCAAGUAUUUUAUUGCAACAAAAUUUACUAUAAUACUGAUUAUUGAAAAAUUUAUCGUCGGUAUGAAACUACAAUUGCGUAUCAAAUGACAGCUGCAUUUAAUGUUCAACCAACUAUGUAGCAUAAAUGGGUGAAUACUCUUUGUUAUUUGUUGUGAAAAAAUGAUACGUACAUGACUACGGACAUUCAAAUUGUCAGACCAAAAGAGUGUAGUGUGAAAAAGUGCAAAGCUCAUGAUUAGCUGUUGACUAGAGCCUGAUUCGGCGGUAACUCCAGUGCAACGAGGAUCAGCUGAUAGAGUCAACGCAACUGAGCAUACGAGCAGUUAACAACAGUCACUGAGAAAGUCUCGCAUCAUGUUGUAGCGCAUCAAAUCUUACGCUAUCAUACGUAUUAAGGACUACGUCAACGGUGUUGUUUUGGGUACUGAGAAUGGUACUUGUGCCGGUGUCGUCAUGUGCCAUUUAUGUGGAGGAAACCUGAUGUGGCGAAUCGCAGAGUCGAAAAUGUCGAUUUUGAAUGAUCCCGAUGACAGGUUGACUCGAAUAUCGAACCGUUUCGAGAGAUUCCAACUCAGAGGUGGCUCAAAGCCUCUUGAAUUAUGCAGGGUUGAUCCGAGGUUUGAUCAUGACUCUGAGAAGGCAAUGAAAACGUUGGGAGACAAACAUCGACUUGUAUAUUGUUGCAUUUGUUCGUCGUCCAGGAAACUCGAGGUGUUUGAUUUUGGGCGAUUGUUUAGUAGCGUUUCGUAGGUGCCAUUAUACGGACGUGCAAAUUGAUUUAGCGUGCGAUUGAAUUUUCUGGUGUACGAGAAGAGCACGGAAAGAAAGUUUGGAAAGAAACUUAGAUAAAACAGCUGCAGAAGUCUGUAGAAGUUCGCUUUACAAUGUUCAAAUCAUUGCUCGUGGUUGGAUUGAUGGUGGCGAUUGCUACCAACUCUGGUUACGCCUUCGUCGUAGACCGAUCAGCUGCAGCAGCAUGGGAUACGGCGCCGAGCUUGGACACCGAGCAAAGGACAUCAGUGGACCAGAUGUUGAAUGGCAAGAUGCAAGUAACCGGGAUGAACAAGAUCCUGCAGGCUUCGGACGCGAAGAAAUCGGCAAAACACGUUGACGAGUCGACCGCUGAGGAUCCGUCCAGGGAGAAGCGGUCUGAGGUUGUAAUAAUUUCAUCGGACAGCGCCAGCCGCGGUACCGAAUCUCUGAAGGAACCGAAGGACGCUCUGAACGGCCUUUUCGAGGAAAACGCCGGAAAGGAUGCAGAUUUUCCGCGCAACGUUGUGUUCCUACUGAUAGACGAAACCAGCCAGGACAAAGAGGAACUGUGGAACACUUUCAGGAGCAAGCAUGACUUCCCCGUUCAAGGACUGCUGCAGAGCUGCCGCAACAACAACACACCCUUGAAGUACAACCUUCAAGACGAUCCGAUGGCACUGCUUAGAAAAGACAAGGACUGCGAGUGCGAACACUUCCUGCGAGCCAACGUUGGUGCUCUGCUUUCAUGGGCUCGGCAUGCCAAGGUGAUGACAACCGGAGCAGUCUCAGCGACAAACUUCUCUAUCCCCGCAGCCAUCGGCUAUGACGGUCCCGCAGGCAUUGCCAAGGAAAUGAACGAGGCCGAUGAGAACAACGUGAAACGAGAAGCCCGUCAUUCGAGACCCGAGUUCCACGAUGUAUGGCGUCUCAUCGAUUUGGACAGGCAGCCUGGAGCACUUCCGACAUCAGCUUCGUCCAAGCCCGAGGGAGCUGCAAACACCGAUGGAAUGUGGGACGUCUUCGACAUGUUCUCCAGGAUUCGCGUGGCCUUCUUCAGGAGCCUCCUUGACUCACUCGGCGGAAACCUUGGCGCCCAAGAAGACGAGUUCCCUCCGCGUCGACCAUCUCCUCUGCAGUCGAACCUGGUCGAUCUAGUCAGUGACACGAUCAAGGAACUGAAGUCUGCCUCAAACGAAAAGGGUUACAUGCUGGUCGCCGCUGCUCCCGGAAACGAUCUCUCUUCAACCGUCGAGCUGCUCACUCGCGAGACCUCGCCGAAGGACACAUUGCUGGUCGUAGCAGGAAUCUGUUCCGCCGACAAGAAGCCUGUUCCAUUCUACGCCAGCGGACCGGGUGCAAAAUCGCUUCUCGAGGCCCGUUCGGUAUGGGAUCUUCCCGGUGCCAUCAAGAGCGCUGUAACCGGAGGUUGCCGAGGUGCCGGAUGCAGAGUUCGCCGCCAUGACCAGACCUUGCCUGCUCUACCACGAGUUCCCGCUCUGAUGCCAACUGCCGAGGAGGGCGACGCUCCUAGCCUUCGAAGAGUCGGACGGCAGGACGAAGCCGCGGCGGGCGCUACGGAUAUUUCGGCCGACGCCGUGACAAUGAUGCUAAGCCUCGCGACUUCCAUCGUGGCGACGCUCGCCGUCAAGUUUUAGAAUUGAUCCAUUUUAAGCCUCGCCUGUCCUCUACCCGCCUCGAAGAUCCCUAAACCCUCCUUCGUACUUGGCUGACUGGUUUUGAAUAUGAACUUGAAAUUCCUGUCGCCAUUUCGCUACCAUUGAUCACCACUCGUGGAGCCGACUACAGUCGCAGCCUGCCUUCGGAUCGCUCGGGUAUAAAAGUUGAGACGGGCUUAUGGCGAUCUCGAUCAAGUUCUACAUCGACUGUGUUCACAAAUUUUUCGGUGACUUUUGUCAACGAAACCUUGAACGAUUCCUCGGAAUCGUGGAUCAUGUUUAUUUUUCGUUUCGGAAUAGCCCUGAAGACCAUGUUCUUUUGACAACUUGUUUUCCCGUCUUUGAUUUUGUGUGUAUCGUUGAAAAUCGUCAAAUAAAAAUGUUUGCGUUACAA